AUGUCCGAGUCGAGCCUCUUGUUGUCUUACCACGACUAUCAUCUAGCUAGCGUUUACAGCUCUUUCUCCCCGGAAUCGUUGCAGAGAUUCCGUUUUCUAACCCUCAGGAACCUGGUUAAAGAUUUGACGACGUACAGUACCGACCUCACACAGGCCAAAAAUCCCAAUCACAGGUGGGGGGAAAUGGUGACAUACCUUCCGGUAAAGCGCUCACCCCUGUUUCUUGUGGUUUCCGUCAUACCAAAGAAAGAGCAAAUUGACGUUGAGAGGAACUCUGGUCCUCUUUAG